GGGAGCCCCGCCCUGGGGGCGUGUCGCUAGGCAACGGGUCAGGAGAGGCCCGGUCGCGGCCCUGUCGCCGUGUCGCGAUGCCCGAGGGCCCGGAGCUGGCCCUGGCCGGGCGCUACAUCAACGCGGCGUGCGGCGGGCUGGUGUUCUGCGGCGGGGCCGAGCGCUCGGCCGUGGGCCGCGGCCCGGAGGUGCCGUUCCGCAGCGAGGCCUACCGCCUGGGCGCCUCCGCCCGCGGCAAGGAGCUGCGGCUGCUCCUGGAGCCGCUGGGCCCCGGCCUCCCGCAGGCCCUCGUCUUCCGCUUCGGCAUGUCCGGGGGGUUCCGGCUGCGCCCCGCCGCCUCGCCGCCCCGCCACGCGCACCUGCGCUUCCUCACCCGCGAGAGCCCCCCGCGCGCCCUCUGCUUCGUCGAUGCCCGCCGCUUCGGCUCGUGGCGGCUGGGCGACGCCUGGCAGCCCGGCCGCGGGCCCUGCGUGCUGUCCGAGUACCAGGCCUUCAGGGAGAAUGUGCUGAAGAACUUGGACGACAAGGCUUUUGACAAGCCCAUCUGUGAGGCCCUCUUGAACCAGAAGUACUUCAAUGGGAUCGGCAACUACCUCCGUGCUGAGAUCCUGUACAGGUUGAAGAUCCCUCCCUUUGAAAAGGCUCGGACGGUGCUGGAAGCCCUGAAGCAUCAGGAGCAGGCGAGGAGGAAAAAGAAUUCUUCCCUGACGCUGAGUAAGAAGUUGAAGCUGAAGCGGGAUAACCCAGAUCUGCUGGAGCUGUGCCACACGGUGCCCAUGGAGGUCGUGGCAGCGGAGAAAAACCUCCUUGACCCAGACCACGCAGACAACCACACCGCCUUCAAGAACUGGCUGCAGUGUUACGGGGUGCCUGGCAUGAGCUCCCUGCGCGACCACAACGGCAGGACCAUCUGGUUCCAGGGCGAGCCUGGCCCCAUGGCCCCCAGAGGUCAGAAGUCCCGCAAGAAGCGCGCUGGCCCAAAGGCAGACCCUGACGCUCCGACUGCUGAGGUCACCACCCGUGCCUCCAAACGGCGCUCUAGGCGUGCAGAGAACCCCACAACGUCAGCCGUGAAGAAGGAGGAAGAGGAGGAAGCAGUGCCGGACCCGCCGAGGAAGGGCCGUGCCCGUGCGAGGAGGGCAGCAGCUGCUGUUCCGGCCUCCUCUGAGCCCGAGGCUCCAGUCAAAGCAACAAGACGCCGGGCGUCUGCACGCAAGGGCGCAGGCGCAGCCCCCGCAGUGUGAGCUCCGCAAGCUGCCUUCCUCCCAGCUCCUCCUCCUCCAGCACGGCGCUGCCUGGGCCCCGGGGACGCUUUCAGGCACAGCCCUUGCAGCCUCAGGGCUGGGGGCAGGCUGCGUGCCUCCCCUUACGGUUUUUAAUCGUGUUCUCUAAAACCUCACGGGUCUGGCUUGGGUUUCGGGAGCAGUUCUUCAGGAGCACAGAGCGAGGUCUUCGGGUGCUGUGUCGCUCUGCCUCUUCCCUCUGCCUAACGGUGCCUUUCCUCAUCCUUGUCUGACUGCUCCCUGGAUCACUGAGACGGCCGUUUUUAGCUGCUUAAUAAAAGUAUUUUGUGCAGAA